UAUUUGCAGAGUUACGUCCCUUGAAAAGAAAUCAAAAUGGCGACCAACAUAUCUGGUCGGACGGGGCAUUUCGAAGUUUAUAUACGCCAGCAAUGGUGUAAAGUGACAGUGACGUUAAAUGAUGAAUCAUUAACUUUAUCCCUUGACGAACCUCCUGAAAAUAUGUCCACAUCUUCCACAAACAACGAUAUAUCAGCUCAGUCCAGUAACGUCCCAUCAAAUUCCCAAGAAGCCGCUCAUGUACCUGACAAUAUUCCUGGCCAAAAGCGAGUUGUCAAAGUUAUCAAAGAGGAAACAUAUGGCCUUGGUAUAAGUAUUAAAGGUGGAAGAGAGAAUAAAAUGCCCAUUUUGAUCAGUAAGAUAUUUAAAGGCAUGGCUGCUGAUAAAACUGGACAGUUGUAUGUUGGUGAUGCAAUUCUUGCAGUGAAUGGCGAAGAUCUUUGCAACGCCACACAUGAUGAGGCUGUCAGGGCAUUGAAGAAUGCUGGGAAGAUAGUUGAAGUGGAAGUGCGCUAUCUACGUGAAGUAACACCAUACUUUCGAAAGAAUUCAGCUUUGAAUGAAUUAGGCUGGGGCACUCAUGAAACCUCACAGGACGGUGUAAAAAGUAGCUGGUCAGAAAGCAAAACAAUACCUUUAAAACUGUGUUACCUUUGUCGUAAUUUAAGUAUUUGUGACACGGAAAAAAGAACAUUAGAGCUUCACUCCCCUGAUGGGAAAAGCUCGUGUAUUUUACGCUUUCCCGAUGUUGCAACAUGUAAUGAAUGGUUUAAUGCUCUACAUGCAAAUGUGACAAUGUUAACCACUCAGGCAAUACAAGAUGCUAAUACCACAAUGAUUUCUGCCCCGAACCAACGUGAGAUUACACAUAUGGGCUGGCUUUCAGAACAGCUAUUGAAUGACCAAGGCACUCCUAAUUGGAAGCCAGUAUUUAUUGCAUUAACAGACAAAGACAUGUUGAUGUAUGAUACAGUGCCAUGGAGUAAAGAAGAGUGGGCAACACCAUUUCAAAGUCAUCCUUUACUUGCUACACGGUUGGUACAUUCUGGUCAUCAGACCACGUCUGCAGCUGGUGCCGAUGUCCUGUCAUUUGGAACGAGGUCGGGAACCAGAAAUGGCGUGGAGAUGCACAUAUUUCGCGUGGAAACACAGCGGGAUCUUGCUCAUUGGUCUCGCGCACUUGUACAAGGAUCCCAUGGGGCUGCUGCACUUGUAAAGGAGGUUACAUGCCCUGCUAGUUGGCAAAAUCAUAAAGGAAAGCUAACAUUACACUUUGAAAACGGAUUUGCUCUACAUGCCUUGAAACCAGCUACAGAAGGUGACAAACCAAAGCUGCUGUGGUACUUCCCGUUUGAGAAGUUACGUAUGUCGGGUGAUGAUGGACACCGACUACUGUGGUUAGAUUUUGGAGAGGAUGGGGAACAGGAGUUAGAUUUGGAGUCCUGCCCAAAGCCUUUGGUGUUUGUGCUACAUACUUUCCUAUCAGCCAAAGUGAGCCGACUGGGGCUUGUUGCCUGAACUGUAACCACAGAGCCAGUCGCCCUGCAUGUAAUGACCACCUGAUUAAAUAAAGCCAUGUUGUUGGUGUCGGCCAGAAGAGCGUUGUGUAAGGAUGUGUGAUGUAACAGAUAUAUGUAUUAUUUAAGUCUCUGUUAUGAUGUGUUAACAGGUGCUGAUUUGAAUUGACAUAGGCUGCCUAAAUUAAAGUUUAAGUAUAAGACAAGGCCCCUAAUAGAUUUGUUUCUAAUUGAGUGAGCCUUUUUCUUGCUACCGAGCGUUUUAGAAUUUCUAAAAGCACAGCACUGAG